AUGACACUUUUAGCGACUGGCAAAAAAAAUAUAGACCCACAGUCAUCAACUCCUCAUAUAAUCACUACAAUACCUAAGGACCGAGAAUUAGAAAAAGAAUCUAUGAUUGCUCCUUAUGGUUGA